UCCUGCAAUGAUGUCGUUCUGGAGUCCUCUGCUAUUGGCCAUCUCGUGUUGUUUGAUUGCUCUGACGUCAUCACUCAACCUGGACGACCCGAAUGUCUGCAGUCACUGGGAGAGUUACUCAGUGACCGUGCAGGAGUCAUAUGCGCACCCGUUCGAUCAGAUUUACUACACCAACUGCGCAGACAUCCUCAACUGGUUCAAAUGCACUCAGCACAGGGUGAGCUACAGAACGGCCUACCGCAGAGGAGAGAAGACCAUGCACCGCCGCAAGUCUCAGUGCUGCCCGGGAUUCUACCAGAGCAGAGACAGAUGUGUUCCCCACUGUGCUGAGAAGUGUGUGCACGGCCGCUGUGUGGCCCCCAGCACCUGUCAGUGUGAGCCGGGCUGGGGAGGGCCCGACUGCUCCAGCGCCUGUGACGGGGGUCACUGGGGUCCGCACUGCAGCAGCCGCUGUCAGUGUCAGAACGGGGCUCUGUGUAACCCCAUCAGUGGAGCCUGUCUCUGUGCACCGGGGUACCACGGCUGGCGCUGCGAGGACCCCUGCGAACGCUCCACCUACGGACACGGCUGCCAGCAGAGGUGCCUGUGCCAGAACAACGCCACCUGCCACCACGUCACCGGAGAGUGUGUGUGCAGCCCGGGAUACACGGGAGCGUUCUGCGAGGAGCUGUGUCCUCCAGGGAAACACGGCCGGCAGUGUGAGGAGCGCUGUCCCUGUCAGAACGGCGGCGUGUGUCAUCAUGUGACUGGAGAAUGCUCCUGCCCCGUCGGCUGGAUGGGAACAGUGUGCGGGCAGCCGUGUCCUGCAGGACGCUUUGGGAAGAACUGCUCACAGGAGUGUCAGUGUCAUAAUGGAGGAAGCUGUUCUGCAUCCACUGGGCAGUGCAUGUGUAGCGCAGGAUACACAGGAGGGAGGUGCCAGGACCAGUGUCCGGUGGGCUGGUACGGUGUGGGCUGCAGACAGGCGUGUAGCUGUGUGAACGGGGCCCAGUGCUAUCAUGUGAGCGGAGAGUGUCUGUGUGAGCCGGGAUACACGGGAGAGAGCUGCGAGGAGCGCGUCUGUCAGGAGGGGCUGUACGGCCUCAAGUGUGACAGGAAGUGUCCAUGUCACGCCAGUAACACACGCAGCUGUCACCCCAUGUCGGGCGAGUGUUUGUGCAGCCCGGGCUGGUCGGGCUUGUACUGUAAUGAGACGUGUGCUCCUGGUUUAUACGGCGAGGCAUGUCAGCAGAUCUGCGCCUGUCAAAACGGAGCCGACUGCCACAGCGUGAACGGGAAGUGUGUCUGCGCACCCGGAUUCAAGGGCUCAGAUUGCUCCUCUCCCUGUCCCGCCGGCAGCCACGGCAUCAACUGCAGCUCAGUGUGCUCCUGUAAGAACGCAGCUGCUUGCUCACCCAUCGAUGGAUCCUGCUCCUGUCAAGCAGGGUGGCACGGGGUGGACUGCUCCAUCAACUGCCCCAGCGGCUGGUGGGGUCUGGGCUGUAACCUGACGUGUGUGUGUGGGAACGGAGCCGCCUGCAGCGCUCUGGACGGGAGCUGCUCCUGUACCCCGGGCUGGAGAGGAGACCGCUGCCAUCAACACUGUCAGGAUGGGACGUAUGGCCUGGCCUGUGGUGAGCGCUGUGACUGCAGUCAUGCAGACGGGUGUCACCCCUCGACUGGACACUGCCGCUGUCUGGCCGGAUGGACAGGCAUUCACUGUGACAGUGUGUGUGCUGUGGGCCGCUGGGGGCCCAACUGCUCUCUGUCCUGUAAUUGUAAGAAUGGAGCGUCGUGUUCGCCGGACGAGGGAACGUGCGAGUGUGCGCCUGGAUUCAGAGGAACCACCUGCCAGCGCAUCUGUUCUCCGGGUUUCUUUGGCCACCGCUGUAGCCAGGCCUGUCCACACUGCAUCCACAGCAGUGGCCCCUGUCACCAUGUGACUGGCCAGUGUGACUGUCUGCCCGGGUUCAAAGGGGCGCUCUGCAACGAAGUGUGUCCCAGUGGCAGGUUCGGUAAGAACUGUGCAUUGAGCUGCACCUGCACUAAUAAUGGCACAUGUAACCCCAUCGACGGCUCGUGUCAGUGUUACCCCGGCUGGAUCGGCAGUGACUGCUCACAGCCGUGUCCCCCGGGUCAGUGGGGUCCCGACUGCAUCCACACCUGUAACUGUCACAACGGUGCAUUCUGCAGUGCAUAUGACGGCGAGUGUAAGUGUACGGCCGGCUGGACGGGGCUGUACUGCACACAGCGCUGUCCGCUGGGCUUCUUUGGAAAGGACUGUGUUCAGGCGUGUCAGUGUGAGAACGGUGCAGACUGCGAUCACAUCUCCGGUCUGUGCACCUGCCGCACCGGCUUCAUGGGACACCACUGUGAACUGAAAUGUCCUGCAGGUACGUUUGGAUACGGCUGUCGGCAGGUGUGUGACUGUCUCAAUAACUCCACCUGUGAUCACAUGACUGGCACCUGCUACUGUAACCCCGGCUGGAAAGGCAUGCGCUGUGACCAGGCACAUCUCAAACACAAUAAACAGCACGUCUCUGUCAGCCUCACACGCAGACUUUCUGUCAGAGCUUCUGACGGGCCGAGCGCGAGCCGCUUUGAACUUCAUGACACCUCCUUUAUGGAGAAACUAGUGGCAUGCAUUGCUCAGCCGACGAACAAUCAGUUGUUUGUGAACGUGAAGAACGCUGAGCAGCGGAAAUGUCUUUCGCUGUUGGAUCAUACAGGAACUCUACCGGCCGACUGGAAACAAGGAGGAUCCUUCAGUGAGCUCGGAGCUUAUGGAGUUGACAGGCAUUACAUGGGAAAGUCACUGCGAGAUCUGGUGAAGAGCGUUCCCUAUCACGCCAGCUCCAGCUCUCUAAACAGCUCAGAGAACCCAUACGCCACCAUCAAAGACCCUCCUCUGCUGCUGACCAAGAGCUCGGAGUGUGGCUAUGUGGAGAUGAUGUCUCCUGCUCAUAGAGACGCACCGUACGCUGAGAUACAUGCCUCCAGCCCUGCCAACAAAAAUGUCUAUGAAGUUGAGCCGACCAUCAGUUCUGUCCACACACUUUCUAACAACAGCUGCAACGGGCCAUUUUGUCAAGAUCCAUACGACCUACCAAAGAACAGCCACAUCCCGUGUCAUUAUGACCUGCUUCCCACGAGAGACAGCACCCCCUCGCCUCUCAAGGACACAGACAACAAAUAAACCCCGAGAUGCACCGUAAACCUCUGCAUUUCCACAGCCAUCUGUUAACACUUCCAUAGUUGUCUGUGUUGACAUCCAUCCUUAUUAAAGUUCUUAAUUGCUUUUGGCUUACAGGAUUCAAUAGUUCUUGUCAAGUCUUACCCAGAGUAAUGUGGAGUUUUUCGGUGGAGGUGCAAACAUUUGUAAUCUUCACAAACAAAUCAUUUCAUUCAUUAAGAACAACAUUGCACACAUAUACAUGACAAUCCUUGAAGGGAUCGUUCACCCAAAAAAAUGAAAAUUAGCCCAUGAUUUACUCACCUUCAAGGCAUCUUAAUGUAUAUGACUUUCUUCUUUCAGACAUCUAAUCGUAGGUAUAUUAAAAGUUGUCCUGGCUCUUCCAAGCUUUAUUUUUCAUUAGUCCAAAAGAAGUCCAAUAAAGUGCAUCAAUCCAUGAUAAAACAUGCCUCACACAGCUCCGAGGGGUGAAUAAAGGCCUCCUUGCACUUGUGUAAGAAAAAUAUUCAUAUUUGAAACUUUAUACACAGUAAUCUCUAGCUUCCAUUAACUGUCAUAUGUAUGUUCACAAUAAAUUCUGUUCUGGUGGAUGACGGAGGAUGUCAUGCGCCGCUGAGAAGUGACAAAUGCAGAGAAGCACAGAGGAGAGAGCAAAGCAAAGCAAAACAGUGGUCACAAAUGAGUUUGAUAUAAGCCAAAAGGAGACUGGUUUUCCUUUUUCCAUUUGGGGAUCAGAUUAAGAAUUUUCUUUUUUGGGUGAAUAUUUCUUUAAUGUUUCUGAUCAAAUAUGUCAGAUUAUUCCUAAUGACAGUUUGAAAAUUUUUUUAUGAUAUUGAGGUUAUUAGUACUGUUUAUUGAGACCGGACUAUCAACUCUGUGUUUCUUGAAUUGAUUUUUAAUUUUUUUUUAAAGCAUUUCAGGUUUACC